UUCUUUGAGGGGUUCUACAGGGUUACUGAUAAUCCGGAUGCUCAUGAGCAACAUAUCGAUAUAUUUACCAACGACGCAAAGAUCAUUAUAGGAUGGUAUUUGAAAUUCCGGCUUGGCAUGAUGGUUCAGGUAGCUAGCCGUUCUCACGACCCAAAACAGAUAUUUGCAUUCAGCGAAGGCUCGGACGACCUCAUGGCAUAUGGGACGGUAGGAUUUGAGUUCAACGAUGGUAGGAAAGAGACAGCAGAUUCGGAAGCCCAUUGCCAUUUCACCAAAGCUGAUGGACACCUUAAUAUGGUUUGCUAUCAAGUCUACCUG